CCAGUAGUGGCCGAUGCAUGGAACUUUCAACCUUUGGAGAACGUGCGCGGGAACAUCGUAAGUCGUACAGUCCGAAAAGUAUAUAAAUGGAAAAGUUUCCUGGGUGAAAUAUCCUGUUCGUACCGCAGCGCAAUACUACCCGGGGUUUCUCCUCUUCGGUGAGAACUCCUGCACUCGUUCCACAUUCUUCUUUCACUCCUCUUCGUUGAAACACAUCUUCAAAAGUUCGCCAUGCUUGCUUCAGUCAUUGCCAUUUGCUUGGCUACCCUCGUUUCCUCCGCACCUCUCGCUGUCCUUCCCCGCCAAACCACUUGCUACAGUGGAGUUUAUGUGAUCGGUGCUCGUGGAUCCGAAGAAGCUGCUGGCUAUGGCAGUGUAGCAUCAGUCGUCAGUGGUGUUCUCAGCGCCAUUCCAAAUUCGGGCGGCGUAGCACUUGACUAUCCUGCAUCAGUCUUGGAUCCUUUGUACGACGAUUCAGUGACUGAUGGUAUCAACGCCAUGAUCAGUCUCAUAGAGACCUACGCGAAUGAUUGUGGUGGCAAGAUUGUGCUUGUGGGAUUCAGUCAGGGAGGCAACGUGAUUACGGAUGUUCUAGCAGGUGGAGUUGACAAGCCAACCCCGCUUGCUCCGAGCUAUGCUGCCUAUCUCUCGGCCGUCACUGUCUUUGGCGACCCCACGUUCACUCAUGGUCAAUCAUUUGAUGCUGGCACAGACACCACUACUGAUGGAAUAUUUGCUCGCUCAGCUGGCGGCUCUAGUCUCGCGCUGCUGAACACAUAUGCAUCCAAGAUACAAAGCUACUGUGACAAUGGAGAUGUAUACUGCGCCUCGGGCGAUGAUACCACUGCCCACAGCCAAGAAGUUCCUACAUGGGGAACGGAUGCUGUAGACUUCAUCGUGAGCCUCAGUUCGUGAGUGGCAGGAAAAGAAUGUGGAUUGAUGCAAUGCGCUCCAUGGCUUGAUUUACGUCGAAGGUCGAAAACGGCUAGAUAGGCUGAAAGUCAAAUGACUUUGUCGACGGCUUGCAUCAAACGAGAAUGAGCAUGCAAUGAUAUACCAAGUCGACUAUGUUCAAGGAAUAUUGUCAAUUCAAUACCAGAAAAAGAUUGUAAUUUCGUUGUGAAUUGAUCCAUGCU